AAUAAUAAUGUCAUCGCAAACCUGAGGAACCGGUUUGGGAGGCAACUGAGCCUUUGCCACGUCCACAUAUAGUCUGAGAAGCCAAACAGGUUAGUGUUUGGGCUGAACAUGGCUUCGGGACUCCAGGCUGAGUGCUGGACCGAGGAGCUAAUCUGUGCCAUUUGUUUGGAUUUCUUCACUGAUCCUGUUAUUCUGGGCUGUGGCCACAACUUCUGUCGUUCCUGCAUCACCCGGAGCUGGGAAAAGCAGGAGAACAGAUCAUGUCCGGAAUGUCGCCAAGUUACUGCUGAGAGGAAACUCCAGGUUAAUCGGGCUCUGGCCAAAAUGGUGGAGAAAGCUCGUGAAUUCAAUCUGGACCCGACACGGACGGCAGUAAAACGUCAGUGUGAGAAACACCGGGAGGACCUGAAGCUGUUCUGUGAAACUGACAAGAAAUUGAUCUGUUCCAUUUGCAGAGAUGCGAAAGAACACAGAGGCCACAGCUUCCUUCCCAUUGACGAAGCUGCUGAAAUCUACAAGGAUCAAGUGAAAUCCUCCUUAGCUUCACUCACACAGAGGAAGGGAAAGGCUCUACAAGCUGAAGCCAAACAGAGAGAAAAGAUUUCACAACUUAAGAAACAGGUUAAGGGUCUGCAGACCCACGUCGCGGGUGAGUUUGCUAAAAUGCACCAGAGUCUGACUGACAGAGAGCAGCGAGUGAUGGGGGAUCUCAGACAGCGAGAGGAAGAGGUUAUAAAGCGAAUGAAGAGAAAUCUGCGAGAAAUUCAGUGCAAAUUACAUUCUGUUGAACAAGAACUCUCCGAGUUACAGACACAAAUGAGAAAAGACGAUCUUACCUUCCUGCAGGCGGAAGCUGCUGGCAACAGAAGGGUCAAUGACGAGAGGUUUCAUCUUUCGCUGUGUGUGUAUGAGCUGCCUGUAGGGAUAUACAAAGGGCCUAUACAGUACACAGCCUGGAGACAGAUGAUACACGGCAUCAGCCCAGCUCCGACCUCUCUGACUCUGGAUUCUGAAACAGCCCAUCCCAACCUCAUCCUCUCUGAGGACCUGACCAGCGUGAGACACGGAGACAUACGGCAGCAGCUCUCGGACUCCCCGAAGAGGUUUUGUAAUGAUGUCUGUGUCCUGGGGUCUGAGGGCUUCACAUCAGGGAAACAUUACUGGGAGGUGCAGGUGGCCAACAAGACAGACUGGGACGUGGGAUUGGCCAAAGAAUCCAUCAACAGGAAAGACAGCAUUCCACUGUCAACACGAAAUGGAUACUGGGUUGUGUAUCUGAGAAAAGGAUAUGAAUAUAAAGCAUGUACAUCACCUCCCACCCGCCUGCCCCUGAGGGAGAGACCCGGGAAGGUGGGAGUUUACCUGGAUUAUGAGGGGGGACAGGUGACAUUUUACAACGCUGAUAACAUGUCUCAUCUCCACACUUUCACCCAGACUUUCACUGAGAAACUUUAUCCUUUCUUCAGUCCCUGUAAGAACGACGGCGGCAAAAACUGUGAUCCUCUGAGGAUCUGCCGGGUGACAGAUUAAUGAGGAGGAAACCCUCAGCCAUGACCUGUGUUUGGCUGUGAUGGCCACCAGGCUGAACCUUUUAUAAUCUGUGUCGUUAUACAAUAAAGCGUAUAGUUUACACUACACCUUUCACACUGGGCCCACGGCUCAAAUCUUUCU